AUGAAGAGCCUCAACGACGAGCAGGAGGAGUCCAUCAUGUCCUUGGCGCUCCUCCAGAACAAGAUAAAGAGAGACCCCCCGGCCUACCGCGAAGAAUUCCUUUUGCAGCUAACCAACUUCAGGGGCCUCGCGGAGGCCCUGAAGCAGCAGCCCUACAGGCCCACGAGGAAGCUGCAGAGUCUCGUCAUGUUCCUCGCCCACACCGCCCCUUGCUACAGCGCCGAAGUGCAAGACGCGUGGGCAGGGGGGCCCCCCAAGGGCCCCCAGGACUUGCCGGUGUUUGAUGCGUUUGGUACGGAGUCCAUACCAGCCCCGGGGGCCACCCGGGGGGGCCCCUCGCCUUCUGAAGAAGUAACGUGGGCAGGGGGGCCCCCCAAGGGCCCCCAGGACUUGCCGGUGUUUGACGCGUUUGGUACGGAGUCCAUACCAGCCCCGGGGGGCCCCCCGGGGGGGCCCCUCGCCUUCUGA